GGGCAAAAGUUUUGGUGGUAGAGGAGAGAAGAAGGUCGACGGCAAGACACAGCGAAAACAGAGCGAAAGAAAGACCUGAAGACUGACAGUGAGUAGGGAGCAAGCGGCCAUGGCGAUGGCGAUGGUGAUGUAUCCUCCCUCACCAUCAUGGAACCAUAAAGAUGAGACCUUGCUGGCUGUGAACUAGGUUUGAGGGUUCGUUUCCUCUUUGGGUUUCGGAUUUGGAGUCUCUGGAGGAGUUUUCGGAUGAGAGGUCAUUGAAAACAGGAGCUUUCUGAGAGAUUUUAGGUUGGAGAAUCAGAGGGUUAGGUUUUUUUGAUUUUAUUAUCUUUUUGAUGUGAUUGAGGGUUUUGUUUGUAGCAUUCAGUUGUCAGUUCAAGCAUUUGAUCGUCCAAAUCGGAAGAUUCCAACGUGGAAACAAUUCAUUACUGUUUUUUUCUUUGAUUUUUCUCGUGGGGUUUUCUUUUGGGUAUUUUUUUUUUUUGGAUAAUCGAAUCCGGUUUUGUUACUGUUUGAAGCUGUUUGCAAGGCUUUGCUUUGCUAUGUCUUUUCCACGGAAAAGAAGAAACGAACAGGGGUACAUUCACGAGGACUGUGCUUUGAUUCUGUAGGAACCCUAAAAGUUUGGCCUUUUUAUCUGUUAGUUUUGAACAAGCAAAGAAAAAAUGGGUGUUUGGGAUGGGAACAAAAUGGCAUCUUUUUGGUUCUUUUGAGGUCGGGGGGUGGAGAUGAUGAAAGUGUUGGUGUUGGUUUGAGAGAGUUUAGGGUUUGAGGGUUUUGGAGAUGAGUACUGGUUCGAAUCCGAAGCGAGUGAGGAGUGGGAAGGGUGGAGAUGGGAGCGAGAAGGUGGUGGUGGCUGUUAAAGCUUCAAAGGAGAUCUCUAGGGCUGCUCUUGUUUGGGCUUUGACUCAUGUUGUUCAGCCUGGAGAUUGCAUUACUCUGCUGGUUGUAGUUCCCAGUCAUACUUCAGGCAGGAAAAUAUUGGGUUUUCCCAUAUUUGCUGGGGACUGUGCGAGUGGUCACAAGAGAUUGCAAUAUGGAACUACUCUAGAUCAGAAAUCUGAUAUUACGGACUAUUGUUCACAAAUGAUGGUUCAGCUUCACAAUGUAUAUGAUCCAGCAAAGGUUAACAUCAAGAUAAAAAUUGUUUCUGGUUCGCCCUGUGGUGCAGUUGCUGCUGAAUCCAAGAGAGCUCAGGCAAACUGGGUUGUAUUGGACAAACAGCUGAAGCAUGAGGAGAAAAGAUGCAUGGAUGAGCUACAGUGUAACAUUGUGGUUAUGAAGCGUUCUCAAGCAAAAGUUCUUCGUUUGAAUCUGGUUGGAUCAUCAGAGGCAGAGCCCCGAACCUCAUGCACACUACCUGCGGAGCUGGAUAAACCAUCAGGAAAGACAUCCAGGCAUUCUGUGGAUCCUUCUGUUUCCAUACGCGUGCCAACUGCAACACCAAAUAGCAGCCCUGAUUCUGGGACACCAUUUACUGCCACUGAAGUGGGAACAUCAUCAGUUUCAAGCUCUGACCUUGGAACUUCACCAUUUUUUGUUCCUCCAACAAAAGAUGUGCUCAAAAAGCAGAAGGCAAAAGCUCUGAAGGAAGACAGAAAUUUGGUUGUAACCAGCUCUGAUUCUGAUAGUGGCAGCAUAAGUCCUUCAACCACCUCUGAAUUUCAACCAUGGGUGACUGACAUCCUGAAUGUUGGCUGUUCAUCAUCUAAAGUUGAGGAAAUUUCAAGAGGACUUGAUAAUACACACAUUUCCCCAUCCAAAACAAUGCUGGAUAAAUUUUCUAAGCUCAACAAAGAAGCCAGGAUCAGCUCCUUGAGUUACAGAUCAGAUGACUUGAGUGGCAAUGUCAGAGAAGCUGUUUCACUAUCCAGGAAUGCACCAUUAGGGCCACCUCCUCUAUGCUCAAUAUGUCAACACAAGGCACCUGUGUUUGGAAAGCCUCCUAGAUGGUUCAGUUAUGCUGAACUGGAACUUGCUACAGGUGGAUUUUCCCAAGCAAACUUUCUGGCUGAAGGUGGCUUUGGAUCUGUCCACCGGGGUGUCCUGUCCGAUGGGCAGGUAGUUGCCGUCAAACAGCAUAGAUUAGCUGGUUCUCAGGGGGAUCCUGAGUUUUGCUCAGAGGUGGAAGUUCUUAGUUGUGCUCAACAUCGUAAUGUGGUCAUGCUAAUUGGGUUCUGUGUCGAAGAUAAGAGAAGGUUGCUAGUAUAUGAGUACAUUUGCAAUGGAUCUUUGGACUCACAUUUAUAUGGUCGCAACAGAGAGGUACUGGAAUGGUCUUCUAGACAAAAAAUUGCUGUUGGGGCUGCUCGUGGGUUGAGAUAUCUUCAUGAAGAGUGCAGAGUGGGAUGUAUUGUCCAUCGUGACAUGAGACCUAACAACAUUCUCAUUACCCAUGAUUUUGAACCAUUGGUUGGAGACUUUGGCUUGGCUAGAUGGCAACCUGAUGGAGACUUGGGUGUGGAAACAAGAGUAAUUGGCACCUUUGGGUAUCUGGCACCCGAAUAUGCACAAAGUGGCCAAAUUACCGAAAAAGCGGAUGUUUAUUCAUUCGGAGUUGUACUAUUGGAGCUUGUCACCGGCAGAAAAGCUGUGGAUAUUAACCGACCAAAAGGUCAACAAUGCCUCACCGAAUGGGCUCGGCCAUUGCUUGAGGAAUGUGCCUAUGAAGAACUCGUGGAUCCUCGUCUAGGGAAUCGCUAUUCCAAACAAGAGGUCUAUUGGAUGCUAAAUGCAGCUUCAUUGUGCAUCAGACGUGAUCCUCAUGUGAGGCCUCGAAUGUCUCAGGUACUCCGCAUAUUAGAGGGUGACAUGGUUGUCGAACCAAAUUACAUAGCAUCCCCUAGGUAUGAAGCCGGAAACAGGAGUGCCCGAAUGCUGCAAGAUCGUCACAAACAACAACAAUGCAGUGAUCCGUCCCUAAUUGAAGCCUUGGAGAAUUUCAGCAGCAAACUAUCACAUGAAACACUGCAGGCCGCGUAUCGGCACAGGGAAAAAGCAAGGUGGAUCUCAUCGGAAGGUCUCUGAGUAUCGAAAUCACCAACACGCGAGACACAAAUGUGUAAUCCUCCUCAUCCCUCAUCUUUUUUGUUUUUUGUUCUAGUAUAUCAAUCAUCUUCUUUUGUUCAAUCUUAUUAUGUUGGUAGCCUUGUUGAUAUGAUGCUGUUAUUUGGUUAGAGUUUUUGAUUGUACAGUGGAAUAUUUUUGAGGUCUAUCAAUUUAAUUCAGAAGCAUUAAUAUUAA